AUGGUAGUACAGAAUUCAAGUCAAUUGCAUUGGGGAAUUAAUUUGGCCAUCGGCGUCAAAUCGGAAUCAACAAAUUGUGCGGGAUCUGAUUUCUGGAGAUUCUGUAAGGAAUGCUCUUAUGGAUUAUUCUGUGAGCAAGAGGAGGAGGACGACGACAACGAUACACAGCAUGGACAGACAGGACACCAAGGAGGAAAAGGAGGGACAGGAGGAGGAAGACGAAAAGAAGAAAGAGCAACACCAAGAACAACAGGUAAAGCUAAACGAGAAAGACGCAAAGGAUAUCAUCAUAAAAAUAAUAACGGACAAAUGCUCACUCAAUUAUUCAAUACAGCUUAUCAG